AUGUUGGCAAUGAAGAAGUAUAUAAAAUUAGGGGAAAGAGGGGUAUUGGGAGCAAGAUUUCCCAAGAAACCUGGGGGACCACUCUUGUCCCUCGAGACACGUCACUCGGUCGACUCACCGUCGACGUCAACACCCACGAGUCUGGUACCACCCGUCACAGCUCACUGCCAGACCAAAUCACUGAAGGAAUCCACCGUCCGGUAUCCCUCACCAGAAAUGGCCAUACCUGAAACAAUGAACAUUAUUCAAUUUACAGCAGAAGCAUCUGAAAAAACACCCAAGUCCCCAAAAGCUGAUCAGAACAGCAAAACUGGCAGAAAGAAUAGGUCCUUCACUGAGAAAAGGGAUCUUGCAUUGGUUGACGCCUUGUUAGCCAAGCACCCAUGGAACCCCAAUCUUGGAAGAAGAGGAAAACUUUGA